UUGAGUGGUGUGAAUACUGAUCAACACUGCUGACAACUGGAAGAGCAGGUGGACCAUAACCCUUUCACUUCACCUGGAUUUUUUUCGGAUGGAAAAGGAACACCUGCAUGAACUUUGCUCCUUGGAGCCAGCAAUAAUGCAUUCUGUAUGAUAACACUUUUGAGGCACCAUGAUCUCCUUUGGUUGUUCUCCAUUCAAGUCACCUGAUAUGCUGAGUGUUGAACAUUUUCUUCCUAUGGCAUUUCGCUUCACUUUCUGAUGUGUAAAUACCAGGAUGCUGUGCUUGUUUGUAGGUGAAUAAAAAGCCUUAAAGGGGAAAGUUAAUAUGUUUGUAAAAACAUGUCCAGAGGUUCUCAUCCUAAAUCUGAUUGGAGAAUCAUCAAAAAAAGCAAAGAAGGUCCAGUAGUUGACAGACUGGAUUUCAUAACAAACCAGCUGAAAACCCGAAAAGAGAACAACAUUUAAACAUGGAGAAGCCUAGUUCCAUCUCUAAACUGUGAAGUAUGGAGAAAGCCAUACCAGGUCUGAUGCUCGGUCUCCUGACAAAUCACACGACUCCACAUGACACGUCUGACCAGUGGAGUACAACCAAGCCUACCCCUCCCAGCUUGAAGGAGGUCAUCCACUCGGAAUCCCAGAUAAAGGAUCUUGUUGGGCUAUUUUGCAUGGUAACCCUUAACCUUGCAGCCUUAUUGGGCAACAGUGGAGUUAUGGUGGCCAUUGCCCGAGCCCCUCAUAUGAAGAAAUAUGUUUUUGUGUGUCAUCUUUGUGCAGUUGACUUGCUUUGUGCUAUAUUGUUGAUGCCUCUUGGGAUAGUGUCAAGUUCCCCAUUCUUCAGCACUGUGGCAUUUACAGUUCUGGAGUGCCAGGUCUACAUCUUUCUAAAUGUGUUCCUCAUAUGUGCCUCUAUUCUUACUGUGACUGCAAUUAGUAUAGAGCGCUACUACUACAUUGUUCACCCUAUGCGCUAUGAAGUAAAGAUGACUCUAAACCUUGCACUUGCUGUUAUGGUCUUCAUUUGGGUGAAAUCAGUUCUGAUGGCUUUGGUUACACUUCUUGGUUGGCCAGCAUAUGGGAACCAGAGCUCCAUUGCUGCAGCCCAUUGCUCUUUACACUGGAGCCACAGUCGCCUCAGGAAAGUUUUUGCUAUUCUCUUUAGUGUGUUUUUUUUCUUGGUCCCUGCCGUUGUGAUCUUCGCUGUAUAUUGCAAUGUGUACAAAGUUGCACGAACGGCUGCCCGUCAGCACGUUCAAAUGCCGACCUGGACAGACAACCAAGCCAAGAGUCGCUCAGAUUCUAUCAACAGUCAGACCACUAUGAUAACCACCACCCGAAGCCUUCCCCAGAGAUUGUCUCCAGAGAGGGUCUUUGGGGGUGGAAAGGCGGCUAUCACCCUGGUUGUCAUUGUGGGCCAGUUUCUCAUAUGCUGGCUUCCAUAUUUCAGUUUCCACCUUCACAUGUCCAUCACUACACCACUUCAGAGCCCAGGAGACAUUGAAGAGGCUGUCACUUGGCUAGCAUACUCCUCGUUUGCAGUGAAUCCAUUUUUCUAUGGUCUUCUGAACAGACAGAUCCGAGAGGAACUCAUAAAACUAAGAAAAUGUUGCGCCAGUAGACCUGUAGAACUUCGUGCCUCCAGUCAUGAAGGUUCCAUCCAGGAGAACUUCCUGCAGUUCCUGCAGAGGACCAGCAGCACAGCUGAGACCACAAGACCUAGUUGUGGCAAUUCCAGCCCGAGGAACACUGUGGACCAGGGUGCCAGGUUACCUGGCCAGAUCCCUGAAGAAUAAACAUAAGCAAACAUGUCACUACUGUGUGAAAAAUGUUUUGUGGUUUUAAUUAGAAGACUAUUAUGUGCAUGAAUCUAAUCCCAACCCUUACAAAAAAUUCUAGUGUUUUGGCAAACUAGCCGCAAACUUUGCCACUCAUUAUUUUCACAUGCAAAUGAGUUUGUGAUUCGCCGCAAAUGUUUGUCUGAAAUUUGCAGCUCUUAACUGGUAGUGGUGAACCUGCAGCAAACCUUUGGCAACAAUGGGCAAUUUGUUGUAAGUUUGCCACAAAGCUCAUUUGCAUGUGAAAAUGAUCAGUGGUGAAUUUGCGUCAAAUUUGCCAUGAACUCUCAAUUUUUGGAAGGGAAAUUGAAACAUCAAAUUCAUGCAAUGUUAAAACUUAUAACUUCCCAUACAAAGCCAGUAGAAUGUAUCAUGCAAUAGAGCACAACAGUGCCCGCCUACUUUUUCAGCCGUCUUGGUUCUGGAAGUAUUUUUCCCAUGUAUUUCUUCCAUAGGUGUUCUUAAAAUCCUUCAUAAAAGAGUUCUAAGCCAAGUAACAAACCAGCCAGCUCCGAAGUGAAUCACACCAUUAUAAACUUUGAUUGGAAGCAAAUUGAGAAUUUGAAAGUAUUUGAAAAUCGGACAUAAAGAAAAAUGUACAAAACUGUGUACUUAAUGUCUUUCAUGAGGGCAUGAACUACAAUCCCACUAUAUUCGAUUAAGUGCAAAUGGAGUAAUUACGAAUAGGCCGUCACUGCAGAGCUUGUUUGCCGUACUUUUUGGCCAUGAUUCUCUGAUUGGUGGAGCAUUUCUCUUUAGCAUCAUGGGUAGUGUAGUUCUUCACCAGGAAUUCUGGUAUUACAUUUUUUUUCUGAAGUUGAAAUAGCUUGGACUGAUGGCUUCAACGGAAGCAUAUACCAUUGAUUUACAACCUCAAAGCUCAUGAUAGGGCUGUCUUUAAAGGUUUAUAUUUUAUCGUAAAAAAAAAUUUGCCUUUAGAAAAAAAUGGAUGGGAUUUUUACUUCCGGAACCCGACUGUUGCACUCUAUUACAAAACUAAAAAUCAGAUCUAACUGCUCUUUGGACUAUGCAGUGUCUGCUUUUGUAAUCUAUGUACCCAUAAUUUGUUGUUAUAGUUCCCAAUGCAUCAGUGACAACAGCAAUUACUCAAGAUAAGGUUAAAUAUCUUAUCAAUAUUUUUACCUUUCAUUAUAUAUUCAUUUAUUGCCACUUGAUAAAACAUUGAUCAUAAUUAAUAUUUACUCUCAGUGAUCUCAGUGAUUACUCAUUUCAUAAUCAUCACCACUCAUGCAUAUUCAGUAAUUACUAUUAUUGAAGUCUUAACAUUUGAAAAUGUGGUUUAAUGAUAACUUAAAGAUUGUUUUAUUGUAGAUUAAGAAGUUAAUGUUUCUCAUCAGGAUCUCACACCAUUCCAUGAGUUACAUCAUCGGGCCUGAUUCAGUAUGCUGACAGCAAAAAUCUUCUCCAUGUAACUAAGGGGGCUCUGAUGUUCGUUGCUAAUUCCAUGUUUCCUUGUAACCAUGGAAAUGUGAUGAAACAGGGACUUGCAUAGCAACAAGGUGCCUUUGAGCAUUGUCCUAGCAGAUUGCCAUUUCUUCCUGUAAGUAAAACUACGAUAUAUUCCAAUUCCUAAACUCAUUUCUAUGACAAUCGUAAGAAGAAAUUACUUACAGUUUGAGGUGUUCUGUAAGUUUUCAACAAAUUAAAAAAAAAAAAAAAAAUUCUCCUAGGCUUUGGCAGCAGUACUCUACAUAUCAUUAUCAUGCAAUGCAAGUAUUCACAUUGAGAUAACAUGGUGUGGUUUUAUGGUCUUUUCCCUUUUUGUGUACAGUUUUAACAAACAGAGGGAAAAAUUCCUUGGCUUUUUUGAUCUUAGCGAAUAGCAACAAUGACCUUUUUACCAGUCUAUAAUGAAGACUAGCUUUUUUUGUAUUAAUUAUGUAACAUGGGUAGAAUAUUUCAUGCAUUAGUUAGUACACAUUAUCGGGUCCUUUUCUGGAGCGUGUAAAUGACUGUGGUGCUGUGGUGGAACUGGGUGUACAAAUAUAGCACACCAACAAAUGUAUUGGGUGAAUCUUUUUAUAACAUGUCCAGGUCACAUUUCACCACAAAAUAAAAAUAAUUAA